AAGCAUAACCCGGUUACCUCAUGUCACUCAUGUCACACCUGCUUGGCAAGGAUCAUGUUCGUUAUUUGUUUUUCAUUAUUUUCAUUACUGUAAAGUAGCUUUCUUCGUCUGUAUUAAUAAAAAUCAUAAAAUAUUAAGAUAAAACAUUACCGGAAGAAAUUACUAGAAAAAUAAUUUUUAAAAAAUGAGCCAUAUAAUAGUAAUUAGAGAAUACAAACCGGGAGAUGAAUUAAACUGUCACGGUAUGAUGACAAAUAGCAUAAUGUCAUCAUUGAAUUCAACGUUUCUUGCUAAUGUUCUUAAAGAAUUAACAUUUCAAUUGAUGAUUCUGUCUGCGGCGAUUAUGUUCAUAUUUUUUGGACUUUCGCUUACUAUUUGUCUUUCAGUAAUCCCAAUAACUAUAAUAGGUACUUACAUAGGAACUUAUUUGGGAUUUUUAAUGAUGACCGCUGAAAUAAAUCAAGAGUUAUCAAACAUUUCCAGACUUUACAUGUCAAACCUAUUCUCGUGUUUUUGGGUAGCAGAAGCGUUCCAGCCUUACUCGAUGAUCCGUAACCCAGCCGACGUGAACUACACAGUAAUGACAGAGAAAGAGUUUCGCGAUUCAAAUAUCGACGUGUCGUCGCAGUUGAAAAAAAUCGUAGGUACCAUUGGAUUAUUAAAAAGUUACAGAAGCGACAAGGGUGCAUGGAUAAAAAGGUUGUGCGUUGCCAAAAAUUACCGGCGUAAAGGAGUCGGCUCUUGCUUGCUUAACACUGCGGUUCAGUUCGCCGUUGACCAAGGAUACAACAACGUUGAUCUUGUUUUCUCCGAGUACAGUGACGGUUGUCGAGAACUGUGUUUCAAAAAGGGCUUUGAACUGAAACAGAUGUAUCACAAGUCCAUUAUUGGACCGAUUGUCAAUGUUCUUCAGUAUGAAUUAACGUAUAAGAUAAAACCAUACGAUGAUUACGCUGAUAGUUAUUAUAAUAGUUAUCAGAACUAUAAUCAUCCAAAACAGCAUUUUCUUUAGACUGAUUAGAACAAUUGAUAUAUAUUUUAUUUUUUUAUAUUCUCUGAACAAAAGUGUGAUUAUGUAUUAGUUUAAGUAAAAGUGCCUUAAAAGAACAAAAUUUAUUUUGAAAUAAAAUAAUUAAUAA